CUCAACAUGAAAACAUAAGUUUUCUCAUCAACCAUCUUGUACAGAUUGGUCUUUUUCAUUCUAACACUCAAGGAGAGCCUUAAGUCUCCAUUUGUGUGUCUUUCAGCCUUCUUUCUCGGUUUUCUGUUCCUGAUUGCCACGUUUUCCGGGAAUAAACACCCAUUGGCCAGAGAUAUUUACAAGGCUGACAACAUCUCAUCUCUUGUAAGUUGGAAGCUUCAAGGCCUACAUGAGAAACACUACUAUUGAGGAUCUCUGAUACCUAACUUCGGAGUCAUAUGGCAAGUUCAACGAAGCAACAGACAAGACAAGACAUCGUUAUUCACAGACAAGGUGGAAGAGGUAUUUUCAGCGUGAACUGUCUCAUGUAAGUCCUAAUACUGUAUAUCUGUUAGGAACAAGAGUUCAAUCUCAUUCUUUGUAGACCAAUAUUCUUCCUCGCAACCAUCAUCACAGCCCUCCUCAUCAUGAUGGGAGAAGCUCGAUUAACACAAGUUCCCAUGGCUUCAACCCCCAAAGCGCCGACAAAAUAUCUGGAAUACUCCAUAGUAGAAGGAUAUUUCCAACAAAGCGACCCAGCGACAGAAGACAAGAACUUUGACUACGUUCGUCCCCCACGCCUAUUCAAGAAAAUGGGAUUCUGACAAAUCCCUCAGACAAAAGUAAAUUUCGGCCUGGUAGACAGAUUGUAUGAGGUAGAUGGGAAAAUCCAAGAUCAGACUAAAACCCAAUGGGAACGUUUUGAACUCGAGGUAGCUCGUCUGAACCGAGAAAGUGAAGCUAAUGUUCAGUACAAAGUCCUCUUCAGUAAGAAUCCCAAUUCCCUCGUAGAGUCACACUCGCUAAUAUAACAUAGUGGGAAGACACGGAGAGGGAUACCACAACCUAGCUGAAGCCUUCUACGGAACCCACGAUUGGGAUGUUCGUCCUCUCCCCAUUCAACUCAACCAUGAACCAAACUAACAACCCAAGUGCUACUGGUCCCUCCAAAACGGAAACUCCACAACCACCUGGUCCGACGCCCUCCUCACUCCCACCGGCGAAGCCCAAGCCCUAGCCGCCCACACCUUCUGGAAGCACCAACUAACAACCCAAUCCCAACCCUCCCCCCAAACCUACUACACCUCCCCCCUCCUCCGCUGUCUCCGCACCGCCUCCCUCACAUUCUCCGACCUCCCAUUGGCCCCCUCCCAACCCUUCAAGCCGCUCAUCAAAGAACUGAUCCGUGAGGCGAUCGGGGUCCACACCUGCGAUCGUCGCUCCUCGAAAUCUGUGAUUGCAAAAGCGUACCCGGAGUGGGAGUUCGAAGAGGGUUUCACGGAGGGGGAUGAGUGGUGGAAUGAUGAGUUGAGGGAGAGUGAUGAGGCGAUGGAUCGGAGGUUGAGGAUGGGGAUGGGUGAGAUUUUUGGGGGGGAUGGGAGUACGUGGAUUUCUAUUAGUAGUCAUUCGGGGGCUAUUGGGGCGAUUUUGAGAGGUGAGUUCCGCUUUCUUUCUUUUUCUUCAGUCGAGUUGGGAUGCUUAUUUGAUGUGUUGGAGAGGAGCUAAUGAGUGCAGUUUUUAAACAUAGGAAGUUUGCUUUGGGGACUGGACAGGUGAUUCCGGUUUUUGUGAGAGCUGAGGAGGUUAUUGGAGAGGGGCCGCCGAGGGAGAAGGGACCGUAUACUACUGUUUCUACGUGUAGUAAACCUCCGGAUCCCACUCCUGCUUAGAAUUCUCGAGCCCUUGGUGCAAUAUUCUGUUGGGCUAGGAGGAAGUCGAGAAAGAUAAAAUGAAAACACUUAUGAUAGAUAUAAAUAUCGGUCCAUGUGGGAGCGAUUUGUCAAUUCAUUCAAUAUCAUAAUAUCACAAACAACAAAGA